UGCAAAUUGGAAUUUACGGUUUUAUCAGUAACAGUCAACGGUUUCAUAAAUCUCUGGACCUAAAAAAAAAAGUUUUUCGUGGUGACCAAAAUAAUCGUCCACCCGAUCUCUCAGAUUCUUCCAUUGUCAAAUCUUUUAGCCUUUGUCUCUCUAACGAAAAUGGCGGAAUCGAUCAGCUCAGAUGUUUCGUCGAUGUGUGACAAAUCCGCCAAAAUCUACGUCGCGGGUCAUCGUGGUUUGGUUGGAUCUGCCAUAGUCCGCAAGCUUCAGGAGCUUGGAUUCACCAAUCUCGUUCUUCGAACACACGCUGAGCUGGAUCUCACUCGUCAAGCUGAUGUUGAAUCCUUCUUUGCUCAGGAGAAGCCAGUUUAUGUAAUCCUAGCAGCUGCUAAAGUUGGUGGGAUUCACGCUAACAACACUUACCCUGCUGAUUUCAUUGGUGUCAAUCUCCAGAUUCAGACCAAUGUGAUCCACUCUGCUUAUGAGCACGGCGUGAAGAAGCUUCUCUUCCUUGGAUCUUCCUGCAUUUACCCUAAAUUUGCUCCGCAGCCGAUUCCUGAGUCUGCUUUGUUAACCGCACCGCUUGAACCAACUAAUGAGUGGUAUGCUAUUGCUAAGAUCGCUGGUAUCAAGACUUGUCAGGCUUAUCGGAUUCAGCACGGAUGGGAUGCAAUCUCUGGAAUGCCAACUAAUCUCUAUGGUCAGAAUGACAAUUUCCACCCGGAGAAUUCGCAUGUGCUUCCUGCUCUCAUGAGGAGGUUUCACGAGGCGAAAGUGAAUGGAGCAGAGGAAGUUGUGGUGUGGGGCUCUGGUAGUCCGUUGAGGGAGUUCUUGCACGUUGAUGAUUUGGCUGAUGCUUGUGUUUUCUUGCUGGAUCGGUACAGCGGGUUGGAGCAUGUUAACAUUGGUAGUGGUCAAGAAGUGACCAUCAAAGAGCUGGCUGAGCUGGUGAAAGAGGUUGUUGGCUUUGAAGGGAAGCUCGGAUGGGAUUGCACUAAGCCAGAUGGGACGCCGAGAAAACUGAUGGACAGCUCAAAGCUCGCAUCUUUGGGUUGGACACCAAAGGUUUCUCUCAGAGAUGGUCUUCUCCAGACUUAUGAUUGGUAUUUGAAGAAUGUGUGCAACAGCCAGUAAGUAAUCUUUUCUCAUACAUAUAACUAUGAGUCUCACUCAGGUAAAUCAUCUGCUUAUCACCACAUUGUGGUUUACCUUUUUUGAGAGAUUCAAGAAAUCGCUUUUUAUCUACAUUGACUGAGGAAUUUACAUUGUCCGAGAUUAAGAUUUGCGUAUCGAUACAAUUUUGUUCACAA